GGCCACAGCUAAGCUUCCAUCCUUCCAUCCAGCGACGUAGUGUACGUGCAAACAAGUUGGACGAAACCAUCCAGCAAUGGCGGGCGUGAGCCGGAGCAUGGUGGCGCCGCUGCUGGUGCUGAACCUGGUGAUGUACAUCGUCGUCAUCGGGCUCGCCAGCUGGAACCUCAACCACUUCAUCAACGGCACCACCAACUACGCCGGCGUGGCCGGCAACGGCGCCACCUUCUACUUCCUCCUCUUCGCCAUCCUCGCCGGCGUCGUGGGCGCCGCCUCCAAGCUCGCCGGCGUGCACCACGUCCGCACCUGGCGCGGGGACAGCCUCGCCACCAGCGCCUCCUCGGCCCUCGUCGCCUGGGCCAUCACGGCGCUCGCCUUCGGCCUCGCGUGCAAGGAGAUCCACGUCGGCGGGCACCGCGGCUGGCGCCUCCGGGUGCUCGAGGCCUUCAUCAUCAUACUCGCCUUCACCCAGCUGCUCUACGUCAUGGCGCUCCACGCCGGGCUCUUCGGCGGCCAGUUCGGUGGCGCAGGUGCGUACGGCGCGGAGCACCAGUACGGCGACCACCACCACAAGGGCAUGGGCACCGCCGCCCCCGCAACCGCCAGGGUCUGACCGUCUUGAGCUUUAAUUACUUAUUUACUUUGCUUAAUUUCGUGAUGGGCGCAGAUGAACAAGAUGUAUGUAUGUAUCUAUCAAUGUGUGUGUGUGUGUGUGUGUGUGUGUGUUGUGUGUUGUGUGUUGUGUGUUGUGUGUUGUGUGUGUGUGUGUUGUGUGAGUGCGAUGUACGUAGCUAGCGUGUAUGCAUACAUGGUGUUUGUGCAUGUACUGCAGUUGUUUUUUCAAGGACUGUAGGUACACGUACUAGUUAUGGUCCUGUUCAAUUUCCAUCUACGUAGUUUAAUUUCCAUCUACGUAAUAUCUACUCCCUGUGCAUGUGCUGCCGUUGUCUUUGGAAAGACUGUACGUACAUGUACUUCUGGUCCUGUUUAAUUUCCAGCUAGUAUCUACUCCCUCCGU